ACAAUAACUUGCCAUUUUCCAGACGAGCUCCAGACACCAGUAGCAAGAACAAACGAUCGGAUGGAGGCCCAGAACAAAAAGGAGGCGGCCGCUCUGGUGCGGAAGAUCGCGGGGAUCCACGCUGCCAUCUCGAAGCUGCCGUCGCUGAGCCCGUCCCCCGCGGCCGACGCGCUCUUCACCGCCCUCGUGGCCGCGUGCGUGGCGGCGCCGAGGGGCCCCGCCGCCGACGCGGCCCUGCAGGCCGUGCUGGGCGCGAAGCCCAAGGCCCGGAGGAUGCGGGACGAGCUGGCCCGCCUCUGCUCCGACGCCGAGGCCUGCCUCGAGGCGCGCUGCUCCGACGCGCUCGCCGCCCUCGACGCCCCUCUCGACCACCUCAGGCUCUUCCCGUACUACGACAACUACGCCAGGCUGAGCGAGCUGGAGCACGCGCUGCUGUCCCGCCACGCGCCGGACCACUGCCUCGCCGCGACGCGGGUCGCGUUCCUCGGGUCGGGCUCGCUGCCGCUCAGCUCGCUCCUGCUCGCCUCGCGCCACAUGGGUAUGGCCGUCGACAGCUACGACCGGUGCGGCGCGGCCAACGACCGCGCCCGGAGGCUCCUGGCUCGCGCCAAGGAUGAGGAUGGCGUUGGCGUGGCCGCGCGCAUGUCGUUCCGCACGGCCCAAGUCGAGGACCUGACGGCCCAGGAGCUCGCCGCGUAUGGCGUGGUCUUCCUGGCGGCGGCGCCCGUGGGCCGCGCGGAGGACAAGGCCCGUUUGAUCGCGCGCCUCGGCGCGCGCAUGGCGCCCGGCGCGGCGCUCGUCGUGCGGAGCGCGCUCGGGGCGCGCGGGUUCCUGUGCCCAGUGGUGGAGCCCGCGGACGUCCGGCGGGGCGGGUUCCAGGUGCUGGCCGUGCACCACCCGGGCGACGACGACGAGAUGAUCGUCAACUCCGUCAUUGUGGCACGUAAGGUAGCGGACGGUGGAUGCCUCGAGCUCGCGCCGGUGGUGUCGAACCCGACGUGCUCGUGCUGCUGCGAGGUGGAGGCGUCGUGCUCUGGGAAAAGAGGCAGGAGACUGCCGCCGCCGACGAGCUGUCACCUUGACGCGAUGGACGAAAUCCGGAGGCGCGCAUGGUGAUUUAAUUUCCUGGUCGUUUUUGUCUGUCGGUGUGUCUCUGAUGGACUCGAAUCUUCCAUUGACGCUGGCAGUCUUCUUACCGAGGGAGUAUUGUACGAAGUAAAGCUAGUAAGCUACUGCUCCAGGCGUUUGUAACUAUAACUGUCGAAAAUAAAAGAACUUCGUGUGUAGUAUCAUCAGUACGCUGUAGCGAUCUCUUGCUUUGUAAGAUCCUUAUAAGAGUUUUGGUAGAAAA